AUGACCUCCUGCAGCCAGACCGGUGCCAAACGUCGUGCUCUGCACUCCUUUGGAGUUCACUGGCGAGGCCGAGAGGGGGAUUCUGAUGAUUGGGCAGCUCAGCAUCUCCAUGUACUUUGCCCAGGCUUGCGCCCUGGAGAGGUCACUCCAGCUUCACUGUACAGUGUAGGUCUAACACGGGAGGCAGCAGUUACGGGUUAUAAGUCCAUGCUCGAUUGGCGUAGAGUAGGACGCCACGGGUUGCCUCCGACGGUGGGAGGGAUCUUCGUAUCCCAAUGGUCAGCUACCGCCCGCCUCAAGCUGGGCAGCCCCCAGCCAGUAAGCUGGAAUGUGAGAACCAUGUGCCCAGGAAUUUCAGUUGACCUAGAACAGGUUAAAGACUCAAGAAAGACGGCCAUCAUUGACAGAGAACACACUAGACUCAAUGUGAGUAUCGCAGCCCUUCAAGAAACCAGGUUGCCCUCUAGUGGUUCUCUCAGAGAAGAAAACUACACCUUCUUCUGGAAAGGUAAAGAACCUGAUGAGCCCCGAAUACACGGAGUCGGCUUUGCUGUCAAGAACAGCCUUUUAAAGUCAGUGGAGCCUCCAACUGGUGGCACAGAACGUAUCCUGUCGCUCUGCCUCGCCACAGCUGCAGGGACUGUCAACAUCUUCAGCAUUUAUGCUCCUACUCUGAGUAGUUCAGAAGACGUCAAGAACCGUUUCUACGAUGAGCUUGACACCCAUAUUGGCAGGAUACCACCUUCAGAGCCACUUCUCCUUCUUGGCGAUCUUAAUGCUCGCAUUGGAUCUGACCAUCAGUCGUGGCCAUCUUGCAUCGGACAUCAUGGUGUCGGAAAAAUGAAUGACAAUGGACAGAGGUUGCUGGAACUGUGCUCAUACCACAGACUUCGUGUCACCAACACCUACUUUCAGUCCAAACUGCAACACAGAGUGUCGUGGAAACACCCGAGGUCUCACCGCUGGCACCAACUGGACCUCAUCAUCACCAGACGCUCUUCCCUCAGCACUGUUCUUGAAACGAGAAGCUACCACAGCGCCGACUGUGACACAGAUCACACCCUGGUUUGCAGCAAAGUGAGGAUACAGCCACGCAAGCUUCACCGCUCCAAAGCAAAAGGGCGCCUCUGCAUCAAUGUUGCAAAGACGGGAAAUCCUGACUGUAAGCAGGAAUUUGUAGCUACCAUCGAACAGACACUCCAAGACCUAACAGAACAUGAUGCUGCUGCAAGAUGGAACAAAAUCAGAGAGGCUGUUUACAACGCCUCGAUCUCAGCCUUUGGCAAGAGAGAAAGGAAGAACCACGACUGGUUCAACACCAACCUGUCAACGAUGGAGCCAGUCAUCGAAGCCAAGCGCAAAGCCCUUCUGGCAUACAAGAACUCCCCCAGUGAGAGGACACUCACAGCACUUAGAACUGCACGUAACAAUGCACAGAGAGUUGCAAGACGAUGUGCCAACGACUAUUGGCUGAAACUGUGCGAGGACAUCCAACGUUCAGCUGACAGUGGGAAUGUUCGUGGCAUGUUUGACGGGAUAAAGAAGGCAGUUGGACCAGAAGUGAAAAAGACUGCACCACUCAAGUCUGCAACAGGCGAGAUCAUCACUGAUCGUGAACAGCAGAUGAAACGAUGGGUCGAGCAUUAUUCAGAGCUCUACUCCCGGGAAACAGUGGUCACAGACGCCGCUCUGGAUGCCACUGACGACCUGCCAGUGAUGGAAGAACUCGACCAAGUGCCAACGUUAGAUGAGCUUAGUAAAGCCAUCGACAUGCUGCCCAGUGGAAAAGCGCCAGGCAGUGACAGCAUUCCAGCCCAAGUGAUCAAAGGUGGGAAACCAGCAUUGCUACAGCCUCUGUACGACCUACUUUGCCUGUGUUGGAAGGAGGGUGCAGUUCCCCAAGACAUGCGUGACGCCUCCAUCGUGACUCUGUUUAAGAACAAGGGCGACCGCAGUGACUGCAACAAUUAUAGAGGGAUCUCGCUGCUCAGCAUAGUCAGGAAGAUGUUUGCUCGAAUCCUUCUCACCAGGCUCCAGAAACUGGCUGCCCGAGUUUAUCCAGAGUCUCAGUGUGGCUUCAGGGCAGGACGGUCGACUACAGACAUAAUCUUCUCAGUGCGCCAGCUUCAAGAGGAGUGCAGAGAGCAGGGCAGACCACUAUAUCUGGCAUUCAUAGACCUGACCAAGGCUUUUGACUUGGUGGAGUCAAACAAGGCUGUGUGCUCGCACCGACACAUCUUUUUCUCCAUGCUUCUGAAGUAUGCGUUCAGCUCCUCUGAGGACGGCGUCUACCUUCACACUCGCUCUGACAGAAAACUGUUCAACCCUGCUCACUUGAGGGCAAAGACGAAGGUGUCAGAGAUCUGCAUCAGGGAGAUGCUGUUUGCGGACGAUGCAGCAUUGGCCUCGCACACUGAGGAAGCACUUCAGAGACUCAUGGACAGAUUCGCCCAUGCAUGCAAUGAGUUUGGACUCACGAUCAGCCUAAAAAAGACCAACAUCAGUGCACAGGAUGCAAGCCAUGCUCCCUCCAUCAGCAUCGGUGACUUCACCUUGGAAGUGGUAGAGGACUUUACCUAUCUGGGUUCAACCAUCUCUACCAGCCUGUCCCUUGACACAGAGAUAAACCGGUGGAUAGGGAAGGCCGCAGCAACCAUGGCCAAGCUGUCGAAAAGGGUGUGGGACAACAAGAUGCUGACAGAGAACACCAAGAUGCGCAUCUACCAGGCCUGCGUUCUCAGCACCCUCCUCUACGGUAGCGAGACGUGGACUACCUACAUGAGACAUGAACGCCGCCUGAACACCUUUCACUUGCGCUGUCUCAAACGCAUCCGGGGCAUCACCUGGCAGGACCGAAUACCGCACAGCGACAUCCUGACCAGAGCUGGUAUCUCCAGCGUGUUCGCCCUCCUAAGCCAGAGACGUCUACGCUGGUUAGGACAUGUGUGGCGCAUGGAGGAUGGCCGUAUCCCCAAAGACUUGCUUUACGGCCAACUGGCCACUGGCACCAGACGCCCAGGCCGACCUACCCUCAGGUUCAAAGACGUCUGCAAACGCGACAUGAAAGCCUGCAACAUCAAGCCUGAAGUCUGGGAGCCAGCUGCCGACGACCGCGACCACUGGCGACAAGCAGUGCAUAGAGGGAGCAGACUGGCCGACGAAGCACGCUUCCAACAGGCAGCAGAAAAAAGGUCCCGCCGCAAGGAGAGGGCAGCCUCCGCUUCGUCUGUGCUGUCCGGCUUCAUCUGCACGAACUGCAACAGAGACUGUCACUCCAGAAUUGGGUUACACAGCCACAGCAGGCGCUGUUCACAACCCUAG